GUUAGAUAACAACUUUUGUCAUAGGUAAAUAUAAUAUGUAAUCUUUGUACUUUCACUAUCAAAUAUUCAAAGUCAAGUUUUAAUUCGCGUAGGUACAUCGUUUUUACUAUUUACGUUUAUACUAUUAUUACAUUUUUACUUUGAAAAUGAAUUUUAAACUACUAUUUCUGAUACUAUAUACCAGUCAUAAUGUUAAAAGUAUGACUUUAGAUCAAGUCAUCCUUUUAAGCAGACAUAAUGUGCGAACGCCACUGUCGAAAUACUUAACUGAAAUGACUCCAAAUGAGUGGCCUAAAUGGAAAGAAAAGAGUGGUUACUUAACCGAAAAAGGUUUUGAACUGGAAGGUUUCAUGGGCAAAUAUUUUUCAAUGCGGUUCCAAAGAGAAGGCUUGAUAUCAAGUUGUCCGACCGAAGAUGACUUCUUUGCAUAUGCUAAUACUAAACAGAGGACAAGGAUGUCUGCUCUAGCAUUUGUAUCUCAAUGUUAUCCCGGAUGUAAUGUUACCAUACAUCAUUCAAACACAACAGUGGACCCAAUAUUCAAUCCAGUAAUCCACAAUAACUCUGAUGUUUUUAGAGAUAUUGUUAUAGAACAAAUGACGGACCGUCUAAAAUGCUUAAAUUUGAAUAAAUCUUUUGAUUACAUGGAAAGUGUUUUAGAUUUCAAACAUUCGUCUAUUUGUACUGAAGAGCGGGAAUGUGAUUUGAAAUCAGAUAGUAACAAAAUUGUUGAUAUAAAACGAGGAUUUAAACCUAACCUGUCAGGUCCGUUGAAAAUAUCGAAUUCAGCGAUUGAUGCAUUUAUUAUGGGAAAUUAUGAAGGAUUUCAACAAAUCGCUUGGGGAAAGUUACGCACAGAAGAACAGUGGAUCACUAUAAUGAAAUUAAGCAGAGCAUAUCACAAUGUUAUUUUCAACACGACAAUUGUUGCUGACGAUAUUGCUAGACCACUGAUAAGAUAUAUUUCAAGCAUAGUCCAAAAAGGGCAUCCAAAAAUUAGUUUAUUGAUGGGCCACGAUGCAAAUAUAUACACAAUACACAGAGCGUUGAAUUUCAAAUCAUAUAAUUUAAGAAAUCAACACGAAUUAAUACCGGUUGGCGGGAAAAUUAUGUUUGAAAAAUGGUUUGAUGUGAAAAAUGAUCGGUAUUUGUUAAGAAUUAAUUAUGUAUAUCAGUCUACUGAGCAGCUUAGGUCUGCUACAGAAUUGAGUUUGCACAAUCCUCCACACUUCCACUUGAUGGAGUUAGAAAAUUGUCAAACUGAUAAAAAUGGUUAUUGUUUAUGGGAAGACUUCGAGACAAUAUUGCAUAAUUUGAGUUUUAAUUAGUUUUUUUAUAUGCAUACUAGCGGCCCGUUCGGGUAAAAACGUAACAAAUUAAACACCUAAACCUUCCCCAGGAUUCUCUCUAUCUGUUAAUGAAAACCGCAUGAAAAUAGAGCACCGAACAGACAGACAGAAGC